CGAUUGCGACAAAUGUAUAACAUCAAUCCUUUUCGCUCAUUACUGCAAGACUUUUCAAAUUUGUGUUCAAGACCACGACAUGUUUUUGGUUGACUUCUUCGUGUUUCUGGAGGCGGCUCUUCUGAUUUUUUCAGGUGUCAAUUGCUACGAAGGAGGUUCAUCCUAUAAAGAACAGGUGAUAAGAAGACGUUGCGCAUAUGUUGGUACCAUUCACCUCGAAAUAUAUCUAGUUCUGGAUGCAGGCUACGCGGCAAUACACCAAGAGAAUGUGUCCCAGUGCCGGCCCUACCUCGAAACACUUGUUAACAAUGUGGAGGCUUAUUUUUGGAACUUCACGUGCCCUGACCUUAUACUUACGCUUGUUGGAGUAACUGCGUUAACUAGUGUGGAAGAAGAACAAUUCAAGAAAUAUAAAACAUUUAAAAAUGAAACGACCAAAAAACUGGACCCUACAUUCACACUUAGUAUAUUUAACCGGUGGGUAAAUAAUGACACAAGAUUUCAAGACGCAGAUGUUGUCUACCUACUGACAAGUGAAGACAUUCGGGACUACACGGUGGCCUACAAACUGGAAAUGAAAGCUGCAUCUUAUGUUUCGGGACCAUGUCAUAACCGACGAACAGCGUUGUCUAUCGACGAUGGAAAGACAUUUUCUGGCGUUCCUGCUAUGGUACAGCAAAUCGCCCGACUGCUUGGCAUAAAAUGGGACGACUCGAGGUCAACCGAAAAGCCGUGCAAAGUUACUGACGGUUACAUCAUGACUAAAAAUGGCGAGCGUACCGAAUCAGCAAAUUUUUCCUUCUGCUCUUACGAUGCCUGGGACUUUAACUACUUUUUGCUUGCAAAUCAUAAGGAAUGCUUUAAUCGCACUGCUGAACCCAUGGAUUCUGAAAACAACGAACUUCCGGCGAGUUUCUUCAAUGAUUCUGACUACUGCGAAGUAUUAUCUGUACGCAAGAAUGCGUCCACAUGCGAGUUACCGACGGCCGUUGAGAACGGUACGGCAGACACACCAUGCCAUAUGCGGUGCUGCUUUGACAGCUCAAGUGUUAUUGUAGACUCGCCUGAUGGUACGAGAUGUGACGAGGAAAAGGUGUGCCUUCAAGGAACUUGUGUUAUGGAGAGAAAAAGGAACAUCACUAUUUCUCAAUAA